AUGGCAGGAGAUGACAGGGGUGCUGAUAGUAGAAGGCCAGAGGGUGCCAGCGGUUGCCAGCGGUUGUCGCAGGAUGAGGAGGGACUUGAACAGGGGCAGGAAAGGAAAGGGGUGGAGAUGGCAGGACAGUGGGAUGGGACCACCCAGCUGAGCCCAGCUGAGCGGAAAGGGUGGGGAGCACUCAAACAUUGCCACCAAAAAUGUUGGGGGUGGGAGAACGGGGAUCUCAGCCAUUGGGGAGGCCAAAUGCCACAGGACCCAGGCCUAGCAAAAUGUCCCCAUUUAGCACAGUAUGAUGGACCGGCAAGCAAGCUGGGUCCACAAGUCAAAUUUGAAUACAAUACAUGCAGUGCAACCACUAUUCAGAAACUUGUGGGGGUCAAACCUGAAGAGUAG